AUGGUUCGCGUUUUUGUUUUGGUCUACUUGGGUCAUCUGACUGGUGUGUUUGGUGAAUCAGUGUCAGUGACGAAGGGAGAUUCAGUCACUUUACACACUGGCUUUACCGAACUGAUGGAUGAUGAUCUGAUUCUGUGGAGGUUUGGAAAUAAAGACACUUUAAUAGCUGAAAUCAACACAAUAUCCAGCAGUCUCACUGUAUAUGAUGAUGUUCUUGAUGGGAGAUUCAGAGACAGACUGAAGGUGGAUCAUCAAACUGCAUCUCUGACCAUCACAAACAUCAGAUCUGAACAUGCUGGGGUUUAUCAACUACAGUCCAACAGCCUGAGCAAGAGUUUCAACAUCACUGUUUAUGCUCGUCUGCCUGUUCCUGUUCUCAUCAGAGACUGUUCUUCCUCCUCAUCUUCAUCAGUGCAGAAUUGUUUAGUGUUGUGUUCAGUGGUGAAUGUGAGUGCUGUGAGUCUCUCCUGGUACAAAGGAAACAGUUUAUUGUCCAGCAUCAGUGUGUCUGAUCUCAGCAUCAGUCUCUCUCUACGUCUGGAGGUGGAAUAUCAGGAUAAAAACACCUACAGCUGUGUGAUCAACAACACCAUCAGCAACCAGACCACACAUCUGCACAUCAACACACUCUGGCAGACAUGUCCAGAAGGCCACGCCCAUGGCUGUGACACUGUGGAACCUGUACUCCGAUUGGUCGUCACUGCUCUGAUUGGCGUGGCUGCUGCAGCUGCUGUUGUUCUUCUGGUCAAUGACAUCAGAUCUACAGUGUGUUGA